CUGAGCCUCUCGUCUUGUGCCUCUUUCUACCCGUACCUGUUUAUAACUCUUGAACCAUUGCAAAUUACUACUUAUUAUCUAUUCCACGUGUCAGGACACGUCAUCAUGUAUAUAUGAAUACAAAUUUUCCCCAAUACAGUAAACCAACAUUUUAAACCCCAUGUUUAACAGCAAUACUUAGAUUAUAGAUUUGAAUAAAAUGAAUAGUAAAGCGGUGUUAAUAUGAAGGAUGAACAGAGACCAUGACGUAGUAGUAAGGUUGGAGUUGGACGGUGGCGAUUGACGACUGGCGAGGGCAGUGGAGAAAAUGUAUCGUCCAGAGACUGUGGAUCAGGUGGAAAAGAGCUACCGUCUUAAAGCGGAUUUGAAGUGUUAUUUUCCUACAGACAAAGACAGACCAGGUCGAAAGAAAACAAGAAAAUUAUCAUAUUCGUAUGAGCAAUUAAGUGUUCCAAAAAUGCUGAUUUCUCAGGCUUUUGGCUCUCCCCAUUGUUUUCUCAGGUCCUCUUCCUAUUACAGUUACAGACGCAAACCUAGUUCCAGUCCCAUUCCCCGUCCUUGUUCCCUUCCCACCUUGGAGAAGUCAGUGCCAACGCGACUAAGACGCUGCGGCGCCAAAAAGCAGAGUGAAGUAGAUAGUAGGAAUAGUGCAAAUAGUGCAAGCACAGCCCCGAUUCAUCUCAAUUGGCCAUUAGUGGCACUCUCGCUCUUCGGGACAGGCUUCUUCUUGGGCCCCCUUAUUGAUGGAAUACACUCCGGCGUCAAUCUAGUGGUAUACCAAAAUGGAGCUAUUGAUGUGGCUUCUCUUCACACAAAUAUAUGGGUUCCGCCUUUGCUUGGAUUAUUUUACUGCUCUGUGGGUCUGCUGCAACUGCUGCUUGACCACAACGUCUCCUCUCAGCAGCCUCCUGAGGGUAGCCUAGAGAUGAGAACCGUUGCUUCCCUCGUGUCAUUGUUACUCAGUGCAGUGGUGAUUUUCACUGAGUUGAGCGCUGAAAUGUACAAAGCCGGAGUGCCAGACAACGUUGAAGCCUAUGUCUUGUUUGCAGGAGCGGAACUCAUAUGGUUUUUGCUGGAUAGAACAAGACUGGGGUUUGCAUUAGCCUGUUUUGUAGGUCUUGCCUGCCCACUGGCUGAGAUCGAUCCCUGCAAUGGAAUAUAUGGUUUAAUUUGUGGUAUUAUCCUCAAGCAAACGUCCACAUCUUUGGACAGGGGUUAGUCACUUGGACAAUCACUUGCUAUUUUGUCUACACGCCUUUCUUGAGCUGAAAUCAUUCAUUGCUGCUGCAACUGCUGGAGCCAAGUCUGUUUAGAUUCCAUCUUUGGCCCGCUUGAGAGGAAACCACGUCCACUUCAACAGGAAAUUGGGAUGUUCUGACAACUGAUCCUCUAGCACCAUUACUUAAUAAAAGUGACAACCAAGUGGACGACUGAAUAUAUGUAAAGGGAUACAAUUAUUAUACUCUGACAAUAGAUACUUAUUGUAAAUAAUGAUCAUAUAUCUACUAGCUAUACGAAGUUUCAUCAAAUGUCUCACUAAUACUAGAAUGGUAAGGAGUUGUGGCAACUUUGGCACUUUGCUGUAA